AUGGUUGUUGCGAAGGUGUGCGGCGUGCGGGACGCGGGCGCGGCGGCGGCGGCGGCGGCGGCGGGCGCGGGGUUCGUGGGGAUGGUGUGUGUGCCGGGGCGGCGGCGGACGGUGGGCCGCGAGGAGGCGCGCGCGAUUGCGGCGGCGGUGCGGGGCGCGCCGGGGACGAGGCUGGUGGGCGUGUUCCAAGACCAGGCGCCGGAGGAGGUGCUGCGGUUGCAGCGCGAGCUGGGGCUGGACGCGGUGCAGCUGCACGGCGCGGAGGACUGGGCGGCGUUCCGGGCGCAGCUGCCGGCGAGCACGCUGCUGAUCAAGAGCUUCGUAUUUCCCCGGGACUGCGAGGCCGCGCUGGCGAUGCACCGGGCCGCGCGCGGCCGCAACUGCAUGGUGCUCUUCGACGCGGCGGGCGGCGGCAGCGGCGCGCGGCUGGACUGGGCCGCGCUGGCGGCGUGGGGCGCGGCGCACGCGGACGUGCAGUUCAUGCUGGCGGGCGGGCUGACGCCGGCCAACGUCGCGGAGGCCGCGCGCCUGCCGGGCGUGGUCGCGGUCGACGUCAGCAGCGGCGUGGAGACCGGCGGCGCGAAGGACGGCAACAAGAUCCGGCAGUUUGUCGAGAACGCAAAAGGUAUAUAA